AUGGCCGAGUCUCAUUUCCGUUUCCCCCUCUUCACCGGGUACGUACUGAGCAGACUAAAUAAUCGGGAUUGCCCUUGCAUGGACACCGCUACUCUGGUCGGUUAUUAUGAAGUAAGUGCACGAGCACGGUUACCGGCCAACUCCAAGUGCUGCCGAAUUGCCUCAUACCGACGGUGUGGUUCAGGGCUUGAUCGACCUGACGCCCCAGUGAGGCUGAUAGUCUAUCAGCUAGUGGUGUGGAUCAGUCGUAUAAGAGUGGGACGGUCUGCCUUUAACCUCGAGGCACUGCAGAUGCCAGUGCCUAAAAGUAAGGACAUUAUGACAGGCCCGUCUCUUGAUCGUUUGGGCGCUGUCCGCCUGACCGAUAUUGGGCCCAAGGGGGCCGUGCAGAGACGGCCAGUUCAGUCUGUACGGAGUUCGCAGCGUUCCCACAAGCCUUCUGAGAUCACACGCCUACCCAUAUCCGACGUUCCAAGAGUCGCUGGUAGUACAUGCCGACUGGCAGGUACUAUUGGGACGGAUGCUUUCCUCGGGUUUCACAGCGUGGUGAUGCUCCAAGAGUGUGAAACAAACUCCCUGCGCGCUAGAAGGGAGAAAUCAGCAAAGCAGACUACCAAGGCGAAACUGAUGCUAGUGCGACUCAAUGCUUACAGAUACGGGAUCGUCGAGACUGAGUUUGACAAGCCAUGGGAGGACUCCGAAGCUAGUUACUGA